GUACUGCACGGUACUGUCUCUCCAAGCUAGUCGGAAGACUUCCAGUUUGGUGUGGCGCCAUUUCCGUUCCAAUUUUCUGGAAGCUUGCUUCAGAGCUCGGGUAAAACCCUGUCAGAAUAUGGUAGUUCAGACUGAGGAAGGAGAAAAGAAGGGGAAAGACGAAACAGUGAGAAGGAAUAGGAAGGAUGAUGAUGACAGAGACUUUCCCCCUCCCUACUGUACUCCUCAAACUCUCUACCCAGUGUUGCCGGACCUCCCUCCUCCUCAGGCGCCUCUUGCGGAUCCGCUGGAUGCAAGACCACUACAACCUGCAACCCCACCCCCUGUCUCUCCCAACACCACGGUGAUUGAUCGUCUGGCACGGAGCCUGGCUGAAGUCCUGACAGGGUCUGGAGUGACUCCGGCCAGUCUCACUGGAGGCGCAGUGGGGGGAGUACGCCAGAAGGGAAAAAAAUCAACAAUCCUUUUCUCAAGGCUCCUCCACUCAGCUCCAGUGAGGAAAGUGAGGACGGAGGGGCACCCCAGCUGACUCCCCGGUUGAAGGACCGUCUACGGGCCAGGACGGAGAGGCGUGUCUCUACCCCUUCCCAUACGACCCAGCAUCAGACAUGUAUCAUCAAUACCCUCUGAUGGCCUGUCCUAACCCUCAGUCUGAGGGUAUUAGUGGGUCAGUACAAACCAUCUGCUGCUGAGAUAGCCCAUAUCUGUAAAAAGAAACUGGGACUCAGGUGGGUGGAUGUACAGGGACAGUUUGAUUGCAACUACCUGUGGGCUGAGAAUGGCGCAUAUCAGGACCAGAUAACGGCGCUGCUGGCCAGGAUUGUGGAGAUGUAUCCAACUAAGACUGACUGGACUGCUAUCAGAGAAUGCACUAUGAAGAAAGAUGAGGGCCUGGAGGCUUUCAGAAAGAGACUUGAGACCUGUUUCAGGCUACACAGCGGUAUCAGACCAAACGAACAUGCAUAUGGGGAUUUGCUGAAAGACGCCCUGGUGAGGGGUCUGACACCGGGCCUGGAGAAAGCUGUGAGGACUACCUGCAUCAGUUGGGAGACUGAGCCAUUAGCAACGGUGGUACAUCACUGCAAGCAUGCUGAGAGACAACAAAGUACUCAGAAGGAAGAAAAAAUAAAGGAAGAAAAAGUAAAGACACAGAAACUACAGGCUGCCCAGAUGACGUUUUACCAGGGAGCAGCCCCAGCAGGGACAGGACGAGGGGGUGGAGUGCGCAGGUGCUACAACUGUGGGAAGCCGGGUCAUUUUGCUGCUGACUGCUCUGAGCCAACGAAUCCACAGAGGAACAAAGACAGGGGCAGACCGAGAAGAGGGGCCCGAGAGGAGGGGGCAAGAAGAGGAGGAAAAGGAGCACAUGCAUGGACAGCCCCAUUCCAACAACAGCCGUGGCAGCCACCUCCCAAGCAAUGGCAGGUCGGGCCACCUCACGGGGUCCAGCAACAGCAACAGUGGGGACCACAAGGAGUCCCUCCAGGCAGAGGACAAACUGGAUCCUGGCAGAUGGGGCCGCCGGCACAGACGACCCUGUACAAUCAAGGACAGGGACAGGAGGAAGGAGUAUUGACAUGAUGAGAAGACAGGGACAGUUGUGCUAAAAUCCUAGAGCAACAAGAGCAUUUGUUUUUAAAGUGUCACACCUUUCCGAGAGUAGAGCCAACAGUGGAGGCUUGCGUCAAUGGCAAAGACGGCCCAUCUAACACCAGCUCGACUGCUCCAUUAUCAGAAUGUUCUUCUGACAAUGUGUCAUGUGACCCUGAAGAGGUGCACUGUGUUAAAUCCUGCUACUUUGUUGCCCACCGACGAUGAUGGAGAGCCUCACGACUGUGCUGAACUGUUGGAGCUUGUCUCUAAACCAAGGUCGGAUUUAACUGAUGUUCCUUUGCAAAAUGCACAUUUGGAACUGUUUGUAGAUGGCUCUGCUCAGCGUUCUGAGAAAGGAGAACCAUUGGUUGCGUAUGUGGUUACUACUGCCUCAACCACACUGGAAAGUGCUAAAUUACCCUCCCAACUUUCUGCUCAAGCAGCAGAACUCUUUGCACUCACUAGAGCUUGCAUAUUAGCUAAAGGCCAGUCUGCUACAAUCUAUACAGAUAGCAGAUAUGCCUUUGGUGUGGUACAUGAUUUUGGUACUCUGUGGAAACAGCGCGGCUUCCUGACCUCCUCUGGUAAGGCGAUCUCUCAUUCAAAACUUGUUGAUAACUUGCUAAAAGCUAUUUUUCUCCCUUCUGAAAUUGCUGUUUGUAAGUGCCUUGCUCAUGCUAACUCUUCUGACCCUGUCUCCAAAGGUAAUGCUAUGGCUGACUUGGCAGCUAAGGCAGCAGCUGUCUCCUUGGAGGCGCCUAUGUUACAGAUGGUUUUACUUCCUGAUAGUAACCUCUUCUCUCCCACUGAUAUCUCUGACUUGCAAUCCUCUGUAGGUCCUGUUGAGUUGAGGAAGUGGAAACAACUAUGUACAUAUGACCAGGUGCAGAAACUCUGGCUGGGCCCAGCUGGGCUACCAGUCUUACCAUGUUCAUGUUUCCCUUACUUAGCUAAGUUGUCACAUGGAAGGGUUCAUGUGUCAAAGGGGGGAGUUGUUGAUUUUGUAAAUACAUUUUGGUUUGCACCUGGGUUUUCUGUGUUUGCUGAACAAUUUUGUGCAAAAUGUGUGAUUUGUAUGACUAACAACAUGGGAAGAGGUAUUCCCAUUCCACUGUCGGCUCAUCCGACCCCUGAAGGACCAUUUGAACACAUAAUGAUGGAUUUUAUUGAACUCUCUCCUUGUCAAGGUUACAAAUAUUGUCUGGUGAUAGUGGAUGCCUUCUCCAAGUGGGUAGAGGCAUUCCCAUGUCGACAUUCCACUGCUAUGGCAGUAGCCAGGAAUCUCCUUAGGGAGAUCAUCCCAAGGUGGGGGUUACCAUCUAAAUUAACCAGCGACAAUGGCUCCCACUUUGUAAACCUGGUGAUACAGAACUUGUCUGAGAGUCUGCAGAUAGACCUCAGGACCCAUUGUAGCUAUAGGCCGCAAUCCGGUGGUUUAAUUGAACGCGCUAAACAAAUCUAAGAUGGUGAAGCUUAUGGCAGAGACGGGGCUUUCUUGGGUCACUGUGAUCCCCCUGGCUCUGAUGUACAUGCGAGGGAGGCCCCACAGAACCACUGGAUUGGCUCCUCAUGAGGUUCUGACAGGUAAACCAAUGAGGAUGAUUAAUUCUCCCUUCCCACAGAACAAGCUGACACUGAUGGGCUGUGACGAUGACAUGGUAAGUUAUUGUACUGCUCUUAACAAUGUUCUGAAGGCUAUUUUCCCCAGGGUGAAAGCGGCUCUACCACAGCACCUGGUGGGGAUCCUGCACAAACUGCAACCAGGUGACUGGGUGGUGGUGAAAGACCUGAGACGAAAGCAUUGGAACCAGCAGAGGUGGACUGUACCAUACCAGGUGAUGCUGAUUACCCCCACUGCUGUUCGCGUAGCUGAGAGGUCUACUUGGAUCCACGCCAAUCACUGCAGGAAGGUGCCAUACUGCCCACCAGACCCUGAGGAUGGAGGACCAGAGACCCCGGAAGUCACCGACUAGAUGGGAGGAUCAGGCCCAGACUUUACGCAUAAUGUUUUUUGCUCUGGUCUUGAGCAUUCUCAUUACAGUUGCCAUAUGGACAAUGACUCAAGGACAACCGGUCCUGGAAAGACCACAUGGUACGGACUCGACUGAUAACCAUUCAGUCCCACUGCGACCCUUAAAUAAUACCCACUCCAGCUCGAGCCAACGGCAGGCUCAGGACAGGAGUCCAGCAAACAAUAGCCGCUCCCAUAUCGAAAGAAGAAGAAGGUCGAUGCAUCCACUGGAUGAGCAUCACAGUAGGAAUCACGAGGGAAACACUUGGUGGUCACUGCUUAACUAUACAGUAAAGACUGAACUGAUGUUAGGAAAUACCUCCUGUUAUGUAUGUAGCUUGUUUCCACAUUCAGCGAUCUCCCCAUUCUUACAGUAUUCAGUAGAGGUCAGCAUUAAAGACACUCUAUGUGCACUAGAGGCGCUCUUGUCCAAUGAGAACACAGGGGGUCAACCUUCACUAGGUAGAACACUGAGGGAUAAAUGCAUUAAUGGUAAUUUGUCAUCAACAAAAGAUUUACGGGGGGGAUUUGAUUGUUCACAUUGGUGUAGUAGAAUAAUCUUAGAACCUAGAUCCCGUGUACCAGAACCUAUUCAAGUCCAACCCCGGCGAACCCCAUUUAGGACCUGUCAUUGUCACAAUCCAAGCAAUAUUUCCAUACCACAAUUGAAUGAAUCCUAUCUGGGAAUGUCAACAUGUGUCAAUUAUAGUGUUUUCCAAUAGGAUAUAGCUGGAAGAAGGGAACAUGCAGCUCUGGAUACCCCAUUAGACUGAGGGUGGGACACACCAUUAUUGAUGCUGAAAUUGACAAUCGUUCUCCUCAUCAAUUUGGCUAGGCAACAUUUACUGAUCAUUUUUGGAUUUGUGGUGAUAAAGCUUAUCUCUACCUACCCACAAAUUGGACAGGGUGCUGUAUUUUUGGUAAACUAAACAUCUCCCUUGUGGUAAUGCAUAAAACUAAUUCCUCAAUUCCAAGCAGGUUAAGACUAAUUAAGAGGGACAUCUCGCAAUACAAUAAUGUCCCUAGUGACUCUCGACGAUCCUCGAAAUUGGAAAAGUUCUGGCGUGGUUUAAUCCCCUGGUAUGGGGCAUCGGAGAAUGCACAUGAGUUGGAUAGGCCAGGAUAUCAUUUGGAAUCCCUGGUAAAUUUGACCACUGAAGGGUUUUCUAUGAUAAGACCAGAAUUACAAGCCACUCAACUCAUGGCAACACAAAAUAGGGUAGCACUUGACAUGUUGCUAGCACGUGAAGGAGGGUUGUGUCAAAUUAUAGGAGAUCACUGUUGUACAUUUAUACCCCAGGGAGAUGACAAUUUGACUAUUGUAGUAGAACAUUUGAAAGAGCUUAGGGGUGUUCUCGAAAGGGAACACCAGCCUGACAUCAACUGGAAUCCGUUAGGAUGGGUUCAGUCAAUGUUUGGUGUUUGGGCUGCGACCAUUUUCCACUGGUUCAUCUAUGGUCUAAUAUUACUGAUUGCUCUGUUGCUAAUUAUCAUUUGUGUGAAGAAAUUGUUUAAUAAAGUGGUUGAUGUUGUUCUUACUAUGCCCUUGCUUGCAAAUGCAGUAGGUGUAGAUGAGAAAUCUGAGAUUGAUGGACAACAAUCAAAUCAAAUCAAAUUUAUUUAUAUAGCCCUUCGUACAUCAGCUGAUAUCUCAAAGUGCUGUACAGAAACCCAGCCUAAAACCCCAAACAGCAAGCAAUGCAGG